GCGCGCGUCUCCGUGCUCACCCGAUCCGACCGCGCGGCUCCGUGCUUCGCGCUUCGCGUGCGCGAGGUGCCGUUGCGUGACGCGAGUGCGUCGCGAGUGCCGAGUGUUGUGCGUGUGCUAAGUGGAUGUGUCCCAAAGUGGUCCGGCAGCGACAUGGAUGUGAGUGUGUGCCCCGUGUGUGUGUCACUGCGUGUGCAUCGCCGCGUGCCCCGCGUGUGACGGUGGCUGUGGUCAGGAUGCAAACCUAGCGGACCUGGUGCCACGCCGCGACUGUGCCUUGCUCCGUGCCUCGCACGACGGGCAAGCGAAGCAAACCUUUGCCCCGCCAAGCUCCACGACGUGGAGUCCACGUUGCCAAGGGAACCAAGGGAAGGCCAACCGGCCUUGUCACCGAGGCCCUGGCCCCUCCCUGCUUGCUGCUAGGUCGCGCGCCGGGCUCCGGCCUGCCCUCGGCGCCCAGCAGCAUGCGCAACUCGUGCGCCGCGUGCGACAAGCCCAUCCUGGACAAGUUCCUGAUGAGCGUGCUGGAGCGCAAGUGGCACGCCGACUGCGUGCGGUGCUACGAGUGCUCCGCCGUCCUGGCCGACAAAUGCUACGUCCGCGACGAGAAGCUCUUCUGCAGAAACGACUUCUUCAGGCGGUACGGCACCAAGUGCAGGGGUUGCUGCCAGGGCAUCUCGCCCAACGACCUGGUGCGCCGAGCGCGCGACCAGGUGUACCACCUCAACUGCUUCACGUGCAUGGUGUGCCGCAAGCAGCUGUCCACCGGCGAGGAGCUGUACGUCCUGGACGACAACAAGUUCAUAUGCAAGGACGACUACGUCAACGGCAAGGCUCCUGACUCGAUGCUGUGCUCGGCGAGCGAGGACGAGGAGGACGACGAGGCCAGCAACGCGGCCACGACGCCCGUCAAGCACCACAUCAUCCACCACCCCGGCGGCCCGCAGGAGACCAACAACAACUCGCUGCACGGGCCGCUGGCCGCCGACGUCAAGCCCAGCCACGACGACUCGGAGGACCAAGGCUCCCUGGACGGCGACCCCGAGACGCGGGACUCGCAGACGGAGAACAAGAGCCCCGACGACGGCAACUCGGGCUCCAAGCGGCGGGGGCCCCGCACCACCAUCAAGGCCAAGCAGUUGGACAUCCUCAAGACGGCCUUCUCGCAGACGCCCAAGCCCACCCGGCACAUCCGGGAGCAGCUGGCCAAGGAGACGGGGCUGCCCAUGAGGGUCAUACAGGUGUGGUUCCAGAACAAGCGCAGCAAGGAGCGGCGCCUCAAGCAGCUCACGUCCAUGGGCCGCGGCCCGUUCUACGGCGGCUCCAGGAAGAUGCGGGGCUUCCCGAUGAACCUCAGCCCCGGCGGCCUGGACGACGGCCCGCCCGGCUUCCCGUACUUCGCCACCGCGGACGGCAAGUUCGAGUUCGGCUACGGCGGCCCGCCCCCGUUCCACCACGACUUCUUCCCGCCCCACCACCCCCACCACGGGCCGCCGCAGCAGGGGCUGCCCUUCCCACAGGGACCCAUGGACCCCGGCCCCAUGCCCAUGGGAGGCGACUUCUCCGGCAUGGCGGGUGAGCCGCCCCCAGGCUUCCUCCCCCAGCCGCCGCCCCCCAACGACCCCCAGCUCAUGUCCCAGCGGGCGAGUCCAGAGUUCCUCACGUCGCAAGGGGGCAACACCUUCUCAGAGCAGCCGCCCAUGCAGAACGAAGGACUAGUGUGGUGAUGAAGUGACUUGCUGCACGCAGUGCACGGACGGAAAGUGUUUGCCGUGUAGGCCUCGUGAUAUUCAGUGUGUGUUGCGUCCGUCGUCAGGGACGGCCGGCGCCGCACGACGACGGCCGAGUCCUCAGGACUGUCCUCGGGACUGUCGAGACCCUGGAGUCCUGGACUCUGCCGUGGCCCAGCCCUCGAAGAGCAGUCCCUUUGCUCUAACUGUGAUACGCCACCAUCGCCCCAGGACUCAGCGCCUCAGUGAAGUGUCGAAAGGAUCAAACUGUUAAUAUGUCUUUUUUUUCGCCAAACUGUUACGACAUUUUUUUGCUGUUGCUGUUCAUUUUACUCUGAGGUUUUCUUGUUGUCAUUAUUAUUUUUGUUCUUUCUCUGACUCAUUCUCCCUUUCUCUGUAUGAGUCUAUUGUUACAAGAUGAUUGCUCUUCAAUGCAAUUUCAUGGCUUGGAAAAGACAUUACUUACAUGGAAUAAGGUUGAAAUUUAUUGUGAAGUUGUAGGUAAAUCUGAUUCCUGAUAUUAAAAAAAGUGGAACUAGAUUUGUCAUGCAUUUUGAAUGUCUCGCCUGUGUUAUUUUUUGAUAAAUCGUACUAUGAGAGCUAACUCUCAAACGUCAAUCAGCAAAUGCUGAUAUUUACAAAUUUGAUGUUAAGUAUUACUGGCGUUGUUUUGUAAGGAUCAAGCGGUAGUUUCUGAAAUCUUUUUCUUACAUACCCAGUAUUGUGCAGUCAUUUGGACUGACCAAAUUCUCAUGCCAAUUAGUUUGCAAAAAAUUGUGUUGGAGAUUUGAAAAUUGUUUUAUGGUGCUAAUAACACAUCGUUUUUAUUAUUUAUUUGAAGUUACCGUUUGAUUUGUUUCGGCGGCGUUCCUGCCAUGCUCAUCGGUCUCAUUUCCUCACUCAGUUGUUUCAUCACGUUGUAAGAGAGUUCGCUCAAUGCUUGAGGUGUUUUUGUUUCACCAUCCUAAAUACAAACGGAAGUUUCCUUGUCAUAUACGUAACUACCUUGCGAAGUUCUGUGUUGCUAGUGUAUCGUUUUUCUCUCUAUGCCUCUCCCUUCGAUGAUUUACAGACGUAAAUUGUAAGAAUGGAUGUUAGCAUUUAACUUUUUUAUGUAUACAACGCACACGGCGGGAACGUACCUUUCCACGUCAACACCUCUGUACAUAACAAUCAUAUAUAAAAAAUAUAUUAUGUAUAUGUAUAAUUAUAACAGAUUUUUCCUUUGUAAAUAUUGCACUUGGAAUAUUAUGUUUUUAAAGUGAGUAAUAUUGGACCGCCAGUCGCAUCCCCUGAGAGGAGUAGAGAGAAAUCGAACCCAAUAAGAAUUCGCUCGCCGAAUAAGUGUACGCGAACAGCAAUAAGCCUGUGUUGUUGUGAGCUUGAAAGAGGUUCAUCAGUACAUCAGUGUUAGUUGAAGUAGAGCACAAUGGGAUUAUGGUUUCUAUUCAUCCCUGUCAAAUAAAUAUAUCAAUCAAAGCUUGAAAAUGUGAUAAACUUGCAAGGAAGCAAUCCAAGGUCUAUAAGUUAUUCUGAUUGAAACAAAAGAUUGUGCCGUUUUGUUCUGCUGAUGUGUUUUGGUCUGGGAUGUUUUUGCCCGUACAUGAGGAAAAUAUACCAUAAUUGAAACAAAUCGAAA